AUGAGGUAUUUGGAAACUAUCAUUUUCUCGGUUUUUCUGAGUUUAUUUGUAGCUUUCCCAGUCAAAGCUGCUGAUGAAAAAAAGUACGAUGGACCAGUUAUUGGUAUUGAUUUAGGUACUACUUAUUCAUGUGUUGGUAUUUACAAGAAUGGUAGAGUAGAAAUUAUUCCAAAUGAACAAGGUAACCGUAUUACACCAUCUUAUGUAUCAUUUACUGAUGAUGAAAGAUUAAUCGGUGAGUCAGCUAAAAACCAGGCUACAAUCAAUCCGGUUCAGACCUUGUUUGAUGUAAAGAGACUUAUUGGCCGUCGUUUCAAGGAUGAUUCCGUCCAAAAGGAUAAGACAUUGUUACCAUAUGAAAUUAUUAAUAAAGAAAGUAAGCCUUACAUUCAGGUUACAGUUAAAGGCGAGAAGAAGCAGUUAGCUCCAGAGGAAGUUUCUGCUAUGGUCUUGCUUAAGAUGAAAGAGAUUGCUGAAGCUUAUCUCGGAAAGGAGGUAAAACACGCAGUAAUUACUGUACCAGCUUACUUUAAUGAUGCUCAACGUCAAGCCACUAAGGACGCUGGUGCCAUUGCUGGUUUGAAUGUAAUUCGUAUUAUUAACGAACCAACAGCAGCAGCUAUUGCUUUUGGUUUAGAUAAGAAGGCUGAGAAGAGCAUCUUGGUGUAUGAUUUGGGUGGUGGUACUUUUGAUGUUUCACUCUUGACCAUUGAUAAUGGUGUAUUUGAAGUCGUUGCCACAAGUGGUGAUACCCAUUUAGGAGGUGAGGAUUUCGACCAGAGAGUUAUGGACCAUUUCAUCAAGAUCAUUAAGUCAAAGACAGGAAAGGAUGUUAAGUCUGACAAGAGAGCCCUUCAAAAGCUUAGAAGAGAGGUUGAAAAGUCUAAGAGAGCCCUUUCUUCAGCUCCACAAGUUAAGGUAGAAAUUGAAGGUUUGAUGGAGGAUGUAGAUUUGAGCGAGACUCUGACUAGAGCCAAGUUCGAUGAGUUGAACGCAGAUCUAUUUAGAAAAACUAUUGAGCCAGUUAAGAAAGUUUUGGAAGACGCUGGAAUUAAGAAGUCUGAGGUAGAUGAAAUCGUUUUGGUCGGUGGUUCGACUCGUAUUCCCAAGAUCCAGGCCUUGAUUAAGGAGUUCUUUGACGGAAAGGAGCCAAACAGAGGAAUCAACCCAGAUGAAGCCGUUGCCUAUGGUGCUGCUGUACAAGCCGGUAUAUUAGCAGGCGAGGGUGGUAGUGAUUUACUAUUAUUGGAUGUUACUCCUUUGACUUUGGGUAUUGAGACUGUUGGUGGAGUUAUGACCAAGCUCAUUGGUAGAAACACAGUUGUUCCAACCAAAAAGAGCCAGGUUUUCAGUACUUACCAGGAUAACCAACCAGCCGUACUUAUUCAGGUUUAUGAGGGCGAACGUCCAAUGACCAAGGACAACAACCUACUCGGAAAGUUUGAGCUUUCUGGAAUUCCUCCAGCUCCAAGAGGUGUUCCUCAGAUUGAGGUUACCUUUGAGAUUGAUACUGACGGUAUUUUACAAGUCAGUGCAAAAGAUAAAGGUACUGGUAAAUCUGAGAAGAUUACUAUCACAAAUGAUAAGGGUAGACUUUCUCAAGAGGACAUUGAGCGCAUGAUUAAGGAAGCUGAGCAAUUUGCCGAAGAGGACAAGCUUGUUCGUGAGAAGGUUGACGCCAAGAAUGCACUUGACAGUUAUGUCCAUUCAAUGAGAAUGAGCAUUGAGGAUAAGGACAAACUCGCUCAGAAGCUUGAGGAGGAGGAUAAGGAGAAAAUCAAGGAAGCACUCAAGGACGCUGAGGAUUUCCUUAGCAGCAACCCCGAUGCUGAUGCUCAGGAAAUCAAGGACAAGCUCAAGGAAGUCGAGGGUAUUUGCAACCCUAUUAUUGCUGCUGUUUACGGUCAGGCUGGAGGUUCUGCUGGCCAAGCCGGCGGUGAUGACUACUCAGGUCAUGACGAGCUCUAA